ACAAACCAUGUACUUUUGCUGACAAAUCUCGAUAGCCAAUAUCGGAAAAUUUUAAGCACCUGUGUGAUGGAUCUGCAAAAUACCUAGACGAAAGUAUGACUGAAAAGUCGAGACAAAUAAACCAGUGGUAUGUCUCUUUUGAGAAAGGAAAGGAUUUUGAUUCUUGGGGCCAGCUGGUGGAAGCCGCCGAGGAGUAUUCCAGGCCAGAGACGAUGAGAUUUCAUUUGAUGAUAUCAAGAAAGUUGGUGAAGUGUUGAGAAACUUAAAUGUAGGUUGGAAUAGUCCUUUUCCAGUCAGGAUUGAAGAACCUAAAAGUAGUUUUGUUGCUGAUGCUGAUGAUGUAACAGAAUAUGGAGACGAGAAUGGGAGUGAGCAUACAUCUUCAGUUGCUGAUGGAGGAUCAUUGUUACCUCGGAUCCCAUAUGAAGAGGGAGUUCAUCGUCUUGUGGUGCGAAUCAACCAGAUUGGACUAAAGGAUGCCCAUGUGUACAUUAAUCCAUUUUUUACUGUUUCUGUGAAAGAUGCCAACAGUGUGAAUGUCACCCCAGCUCAGGACACACCCAUAUCAAACAGAAGUAAUGGGAAGUUUAUCAACUUCGAUGUUGAUGUAGAAAUUCAAAAACCUAUAGAGAAACUUCCAAGAGGUACAGCGAUAUUCUUUGAGUUCAAACAUUACAAACCCAAAAAGGAUGUAGUGAGCACAAGGUGUUUUGCAUUCAUGGAACAGGACGAAUUUAAACCUGGUCCUGCCUGUAUUGAACUCUAUCAGAAACCGACGGAUUUUCAUCGCAAGAGGUUAAAUCUAUUUACACAAAAACCGCUUUAUCUUCACUUGACGCUCAAAGUCCUUGAUGACUGAUGUCGUACAGAAGAUACUUUGCGAGCAGGCCAUUAUUUUAAGUCCUUCGCCAUGAGCAUUUCUUUUUCCGCGAAAGAGUUUAAGGCCUAGGGUGAACUUGAUCAGCGCUAGGCGAGAGGUCUGCAAAGGUUGUAAGGGGCCUGGCACUAAUAAAAGUUAGCACCAGAUCCCUUGCCGACCUCUUGCUUUGCUCAUGGCCGCUUUGCUCAUGGCCGCUUUACUCACCUUGCCAACCUGCUGGUUGUCUAUACAAAAAUGGUGUUUUUCAUUUGCUAAAAACACGGGCAUGGGGUCAAAGGAUAAAAGACCUCUUUAUUCAAUUCAUACGCGUAUAUUAUUAACAUUUUAACUGCAAUCUGGUGUAAAACCAAAACUACCCAAGAUAUCAAUGAAUAUGAAUAUAUGAAAAUCAUAUAUGUGUACUGCGGUUCCAUGAAAUGUAUGAAGCGAUCCACGCAGUACUGAACCCUACUUUUGUAGUGGUGGCCUUAUUUCCACAAUUAUAUAAGUAAGGUUCAUUACUGCGAGGAUCGCUUUUAUACUUUCCAAAAUAUUUUACAAGGGGGAGGAAACAAGCUAUUUUUUAUCACAAAGAGUUAGUUGUUUGUUUUUUUUUUUUCACUGACAAUGCAUUUUUACAAAUAAUUAUUUUUAAAGUGGCUAUGAGCUUCUGAAGCCAAAAAUGAAGCUAUAUAGCCCAAAUUCUUCAUUUGACUGUAACAAGUGACAUUCAAAAGUCGAAAGAACGUGUUUAAUUUUAAAACCGACUUACGGCGUUACACUGUCUUUUAACGAAAGCAGCAUUUUGUCUACUUUGCACCCCAUUAGAUUUGUGCGAUAUUGAAAAAAAGGAAUGUUUUAAAUUAGUUGUUCCUUGUCUUCUUAAAUUUUAGGGGCCGUAUAUCUGGUAUCGAAUGUUAGAGAUAAACGAGGAAAAAAGCUUUUUUUUUUAGUUAUAUAAGUAUCUUAAAGAUAACUUAGAUUUAGACAUUAUUUAGUAGGUCGAUUUAUUAUGAAAAUAUUAGGUGAGAUCUAUAACUGUAGAUGGCGAUAUAUGUAGUUAGGAAAAUUUAUUUGUUAGAAGAGCUCGUUUCAUCGUAGAUCAUAAUUAGGGUUUUUAUUAUUAUCGGAAGAGAAUUUUGAUUGAGUUUCGAAUAGGAAGCCGGAAUUGCAGAGCUUUUUCUUUACUUCGUUCUGUGAUUGGUCCAGAAAGCUCGCGCCACUUUCUCAGCCAAUCAGAUGCAAAACUAAAACCGACUUGGCCGCCCGCGUUUUUCCGGGUUUUCCUGCGCUGAAAGCAAACUGGUUGUUUUUACUUUGAGUUCUUAUCGGUUCUCAAAGAUCUUUAUCUUUCUUCUGAUUUUUUUUAAUUUUUUUUUUUAUUACCUUGAUCGGUUUAAUGACACUCGAUCGAAAAUAACUCGACUGAAAAAUAAAGGUUUAAAGUGAUUAUCAUU